CGCUUUGGAAGCUCUAAUCACAAGAUUCGACAGAAAAGAUGAAGAACAAGGACCCCAUAUUCCUUGACCCCCGUGAAACGUUUGAACAUUACGAGAAUCGGAGCCGCCCGACAUCGUCACAGUCUUUUGAGCAACCAGGAGUACUGGCAUGCGAAUAUCGUGCAGCACCACCACCAGGAUCUGGUGUGUUGGGAUGUGAAUAUCGGGCAGCUCCAGGAGACGGUCGAGAUCGUUACUACUAUGCUGAUCCCGAGCAGCCGUCGCAGGGAGGCACAAAGAUAACCACGUACUUACCAGAAGAAAACAAGCGGAAAUUCCCUCUUGGAGCCAUCCUUGCUGUCGCUAUCGGCGUUCCAGUGGUGCUCGUCAUAUGUCUUUUCGGAGCUGUUUGGCUGCAAGAGCUGGGUAUACUUUGAUGAAGAUGAGGACCUUCACAACUUCAUUCGCGAUCGACGUCUCAUCAAAAGUUGCAGCAAGAACUGUGCAGUAGAUAGCUGGUGCUGUGCUCCACUUUCAGCUGAAACAUACAUAUACAUAUAACCUUUUCCAAGUAACGUGCAUGCCAGAUUGACUUUAUAAGAAAGGUGGCAUAGUCCUUGAUGACGAAAAACCGAGUUUUGUGUCACUACCUCUGUUGCCUGAUCUCUACAGUUUACUUGCCGGUUGUUGAUGUUUGAAAUUCCUGAAGAUGGUGUUGCCUUAAGAGUGCUUAUCUUUCCAUUUGCAUGUACAACCGUUGAUUUUUCAUAAGAUUAGAUGUGAUAUUACUUAUCACUGCAAAAGAUCAAUAUUUUGAGUUUUUGCUGUGUAUCAAGAUCGUCUUUUCACAUAGUUUUGAUCCUUGUGGCCUUUCUUUUUUUUUCAAUCGAAGCUAGGGUAGCUUGAAAAUUGCAUAAGGGUAGUCGUUAUGUAUCAGGUCGUACCACAAGCUUGUAGUGUUUUCAUAAAUCAAC